AUGAUGGCCAGAAACAAUUUAACAGGAGGUGGAGUACAAAUGGAAACUUUUCAAGAACUGUUAUGUUCCCCCUCUUCGGUAGGUGGAUUACCAAAACAAUCAAAUCAUCUCGCAGUGGUAAAUGUGAUCCUCUCUCUUACUGCAAUUCUCGGGAAUUCGCUAAUCCUGGUUUCCCUUCGCAAAGAAUGUUACCUCCAUCCGCCCUCCAAACUUCUGUAUCGUUGUCUGGCAACAACUGAUCUUUUGGUUGGUCUUAUUAGCCAGCCUCUCUUUGCUAUUUAUUGGAUAUCCAUAGCUAAUGAACACUGGAAUCUUUGUCGAUACAUAAGGGACGCUACCUUAGUAACAAGCUAUGCAUUUUGUUGCGUAUCUUUGUUUACAAUGAUGUCUAUAAGCGUGGACAGACUUCUUGCCCUUUUGUUGGGGCUGAGAUACAAACAAACUGUAACUUUAAAGCGCACAAGUAUUAUCUUAGCUGCCGUUUCGGUUUUAUCGGGUGUGGCUGCUUUAUGCUACAUUUUAGAUUACCGUAUAACCUUAUGGUUUGGGUAUAUCUAUAUUCCAUCUUGUUUACUGAUCUCAGUGGUCUCGUACACAAAGAUAUUUCGCACCCUCAUUCAUCAUCAAGUUCAAGUUCGACUACAGUCGAGUCAACCAAAUUCACUGAACAUUUCGCGAUACAGAAAAGCGGUGUACAGUGCAUUGUGGGUGCAGUUAGCAUUAGUUGUUUGUUAUACACCAUAUAUUAUAGUUGAAAUCGUGAUUGUGGAGGGUAGUACAAAAACAUUUUCAUCACAUUUAAGUGUCAUCAGAGGAAUAGCAGCAACUUUAGUUUACUCCAACUCGACGUUAAAUCCGUUUCUUUAUUGCUGGAAAAUUAAUGAAGUGAGACAAGCAGUGGAGCAGACAAUCAGACAAACGCUUUGCCGUCCAUGGAGUUAG